CUUACUGCCAUUAUCAUUUCUCUCUUAAUUCGAUUCAUACUAUCAAUCAUGCUUCGAUCCUCUCAAUCAUGUUUCGUUUUUCGAGCUUCAUAUCCUAAUUUUAACCUAACUAUAACUAUUAUUCACUAUUCACUACGCAAAAUUUAAUUUUAUUAAUUUGAAUUUUUCUGCUUAUUUUUUUAUUAUUCCGUUGAAAUUUGAUGCUUAAUUGUUUCAGUGAUUUGCAAUUUGAUCUGAUUUUCAGCUUAUGCCACCAUGUUCACAGAGAUUUUUGUGUGAUUUUCAGCCUUUAUUUGAAACUGUUUUUUUUUUCUUUUCUGUUUUGCCUUUUCAGAAUAAUGAGUAUAUAUUUGACAAUAUAGCUGAUACUGUUCAUUUGAUCUUAUCUGAUAGUUGGUGUGAUUGUGACUUUUUUUUUUUUGUCUCAAUUAUUUAUAAGAAUAAGAACCCUUUUGUUUCACUCAUGAUUUUCUCAUUUCUACUUUAGUUUAUUUUAACUAUUAUUAGAUUUUGUUUUAAUAAUAUGGAAUUGAGUUUAUGAUCUAUCUACUUUUGUUAGCUUCUUACUUAAAAAUUGUUUUCUGAUUAUUUUUAGUUAAGCUGUUAGAUAGGUAGGGACAUGACAUGUGAAUGUGGAAUUAAUUGUGUUCUAUUCAAAUGUCAGAUUAGCUUGAGUCUUUAGUUUUAAUGUUUUUUAAAGAGGUUAAAACUGUGUUUUUUUAGACAUUUUUUGUUGUGGACCUUAUCUCUUUGAGGUGGAAAUAGUUGUUUAUUUUGAAGAAAUUGAAGCACAUACUCUUCAUGUUUAAACUACUACAAAAUUGGAUUCAGGUACUACUAGUCUAAGAGCUUUGUAAGACUAAAGAAAAUGGCCUUAAAUGAGUAUUUUGCUGAGGGUGCGAACCAAAUUGAUUCAUUGGAAGAUAAAUCAUCUCAGGGAAUGUGGAAAUGCUCCGGUGCUGAAGCGAUUUCAGGUUCGAGUGGCUUUGACUGCAACAUAUGUCUGGAGUGUGUGCAAGAUCCAGUGGUCACUCUCUGUGGCCAUCUCUACUGCUGGCCCUGCAUUUACAAAUGGCUGAAUGUCCAUGGCCAAUCUCAAGAGAAGCAGAAGGAAAAGCCGCAGUGUCCAGUAUGCAAAUCAGAAAUUUCAAAAUCAUCACUUGUUCCGCUCUACGGUCGCGGCCAAACCACACCGCCUUCCGAAGACAAUGCUCAGCAAGUAAGGAGUGUCAUACCACCGAGACCGCCCAGUCCUUCAUGGAUGACUAACUUACCAAGAUCACUUGAUGCUGCAACUGUUUCACAACACACUUCUCAGGUUUAUCAUCCUCAUUAUCAUAAUCAUACUCAACGAUACACGUCACCAAUGCUUAACACGGGUGGUUCACUGACCAAUCCAUUGGAUACAAGCUAUGGUGUCUUUGGUGAGAUGAUAUAUGCUAGGAUCUUUGGAAACCAAGUGACAGACGUUUAUACAUACCCGAAUUCUUACAAUCUUUCGGGGAUCAGUAAUCCUAGGAUCAGAAGACAUUUGAGGCGAGCUGAUAAGUCACUCGGUAGAAUCUGUUUCUUCCUCCUUUGUUGCACAAUAUUGUUUCUUCUCUUAUUUUGACUGCAGCUCCAUAUCUUGUGUGUGCAAUACAAUUAUACAACCCUGUAUAGAAUAUAAGCGUUAUCCCGAUUUAGUUAGAUGUAUCAUAUGUAUCAGAGAAGUUACAUAUUUGGUGCAUGCUGAGAUAGGUUAUGGGUAUAAUCACCUGUCUCUCUUUAAGUUAUAUGAAAUGGAUGUUUGGAUAAGUUUGCAUCUGUUUUAUUUUGGCUUUCAGCUUGUUUUAAACUAAACUGUAUUGUAUUUCCAGAAGUUAUAAACAAUAAUAAAUGUUUGCAUUA